UUCACCUUCCUCUGAUACUUCUUAAGUUAAAUGUCCUCUUUAUUAAGUUGGUCAGAAGUACAUUUUUAAAUUUUAUUUUAUCAGUUUGGGCGUUGUUGAUUCCAUGCACAAAUGUUUGGGAUUUGUCCCACUACUUUAUGCAACUGGAUCGCGUUUUCAUAAGCACGAAUUUCUUUAACAUAGUCCUACCAACCUGUUGUUUGUUAAUCAUAACCUCACUUUCUAUUUCAAAUUGUGACUACAAAAUCAGCAGGAUCACUGGAAAUAAAAAUGUCGCGUAAGGGAAUUUCGACUGAGGAGAAGAAAGCGAGAAUGCUGCAGCUGUUUUACGAGAGGAAGGAGUUCUUUCAGCUGAAGGAUUUGGAAAAGAUCGCGCCGAAGGAGAAGGGUAUAAUUGUCAAUUCGGUCAAGGACGUCUUGCAGAGUUUGGUCGAUGAUGGGGCUGUCGAUACUGACAAAAUAGGCACGUCCAUUUAUUUCUGGGCGUUUCCGAGCAAGGCCCUCAACUCCAAGAAACGCAAAGCAAACGAAUUAGAGGAUCAGUUAGCGGAAGCUAAUAAGAAACUAAAGCUAACGGUAGACUCCAUCACGGAAUUAAAGUCAGGAUGUGACAAUAGUCGCGAAAGAAAUGGGUACCUCGACGAAAUUAUGGAGUUGGAAAUACAGAAAAAGGUUCUCGAUAAGGAUAUGGAGAAGUAUGCCGACUGCAAUCCAAUUACUUUAAGGAGAAUGCAAGAGCAAACAACGAAAUUAAAAGAAGCGGCGAAUCGCUGGACUGAUAAUGUCUUUAAUGUAAAGUCCUGGUGCAAAAGGAAAUUCAACAUGGAAGACCAGGAGUUAGACAAACAGUUCGGGAUACCAGCCGAUUUUGAUUAUGUGGAUUAAAUGUUUACUAAUGAGAAUAAAAUAAAGGAAAACACUCACCA